CCUUGAAAUUUAAUGCCCUCUCUCUCUCUCUCUCUCUCACACACACACACACACACAGAGUUGCCAGCAUCCAGUGGGAUUUCCUUCUAAGGUCUAAAUGAAAGUAAUCCAAUAUCAGAUUUUGUGCAUUGGAACUGAGAAAUCAGUGAUGAAACACAUUUUUGUGUGUGAUUGGAUAAUAAAGUUGCAAUCUUUUUAAGAAAGUAGAGAGAGUUGAUAUCCAUAAUCCAUAACCCAUAAUCCAUAAUCUUUGUUAAGCUUUCUGUGAUUUUGGCUUCUAUAAAACUCCACCCUCUCUCCCCCUCCAAAAAAAAAAAGAAAAAAAAGAAAAAAAGAAGAAGAAAUCUCUCUCUCUCUCUCAUGGCUCUGAACACACUCUCCUUUUGUGGGAGUCUGAGAAAGGGAGUGGGCUCAGAUGCUCACAGCAACAGGCUGCAUGGGGUGGAUCAACAGUGUCACUUUUCUUUCAAGGCAAAGAGAAGUUCAAGUGGGAUUUGUGCAUCAUCUUCAAAAAGAGGGGAAUAUUUCUCAGGAUAAGCCUCCAACUCCUCUUUUGGACUCUAUCAACUAUCCAAACCACAUGAAAAAUCUCUCACUAAAGGAGCUGCAGCAACUCGCGGAUGAGCUGAGGUCCGAUCUUAUUUUCAAUGUGUCGAAAACGGGGGGCCACCUUGGCUCCGGCCUCGGUGUGAUUGAGCUCACCGUGGCUCUUCACUACGUGUUUGAAGCGCCUCAAGAUCGAAUACUUUGGGAUGUUGGCCACCAGUCUUAUCCUCACAAGAUUCUAACUGGACGAAGAGACAGGAUGCCGACCUUGAGACAGACAGACGGCCUCUCUGGCUUCACUAAGCGGUCUGAGAGUGACUACGACUGCUUUGGCGCUGGCCAUAGCUCCACCACAAUCUCUGCAGGAUUAGGAAUGGCUGUGGGAAGGGAUCUGAAAGGAAGGAAAAAUCAUGUAGUUGCUGUGAUAGGCGAUGGUGCCAUGACGGCAGGUCAGGCAUACGAAGCAAUGAACAAUGCCGGCUAUCUUGACUCGGAUAUGAUUGUGAUUCUCAACGACAACAAGCAAGUCUCUCUCCCGACUACAACUCUGGACGGGCCUAGCCCUCCCGUUGGAGCACUGAGUCGUGCCUUGAGCAGGCUGCAGUCCAAUCGACCUCUCAGAGAGCUAGGAGAAGCUUCCAAGGGAGGGUCGAUGCACGAGCUUGCAGCAAAGCACGGUCGUGGCCUCAUGAGUGGCUCUGGCUCUACUCUGUUUGAAGAGCUCGGGCUUUACUACAUCGGCCCCGUUGAUGGUCACAAUAUACAUGACCUGACAACAGUUCUUGCACGAGUUAAGAACACGAAGAUAAUAGGUCCGGUGCUGAUCCACGUUGUCACGGAGAAGGGCAAGGGGUAUCCGUAUGCAGAACGAGCUGCAGACAAGUAUCACGGUGUGAGCAAGUUUGAUCCGGCAACGGGGAAGCAAUUUAAGGCCCAUGCUCGGACGCAGUCCUACACGACGUGCUUUGCAAGGGCGUUGAUAGCAGAGGCCGAGGUAGACGAGGACGUGGUGGCCAUCCACGCUGCAAUGGGGGGCGGGACGGGGUUGGACCUCUUCAAUCACAGGUUCCCGACAAGGUGUUUCGACGUUGGGAUCGCGGAGCAGCAUGCUGUGACAUUUGCUGCAGGUUUGGCAUGUGAGGGCAUCAAGCCAUUCUGUGCAAUCUACUCGUCUUUCAUGCAGAGGGCUUAUGAUCAGGUGGUGCACGACGUCGAUCUGCAGAAGCUGCCGGUGAGGUUUGCAAUGGACCGGGCUGGUUUGGUCGGGGCGGACGGCCCCACACAUUGUGGGGCUUUUGAUGUGUCCUUCAUGGCCUGCUUGCCUAACAUGGUGGUCAUGGCUCCCUCGGAUGAGGCCGAGCUGUGCCAUAUGGUCUCGACUGCUGCUGCCAUAGAUGACCGGCCGUGCUGCUUCCGUUACCCUAGAGGAAACGGGGUAGGCGUGGAGCUGCCACCGGGGAACAAAGGAGUUCCCCUUGAGGUCGGUAGGGGCCGGAUACUUGUUGAAGGCGAGAGAGUCGCGCUCUUGGGCUACGGGGCAGCUGUGCAGAGCUGUUUAGCUGCAGCUGCACUGCUUGAGCCCCAUGGCCUGCGGUUGACGGUUGCGGACGCCCGUUUUUGCAAGCCGCUCGACCGAGCCCUCGUUCGGAGCUUGGCUCGAACGCACGACGCCCUCAUCACGGUCGAGGAGGGAUCGGUUGGUGGCUUUGGAUCACACGUUGCUCACUUCUUGGCUAUCGAUGGACUUCUUGAUGGCAACUUGAAGUGGAGGCCACUAGUACUUCCCGAUCGAUACGUCGACCACGGAGCUCCGGCCGAUCAGCUGACGCAAGCAGGGCUAACGCCGUCGUGCAUCGCGGCAACGAUCUUCAAUAUACUUGGGAGUUGGAAACCCAGAGAAGCUUUAGAGAUCAUCUUUAGAAAUUAGAGCUACAUAAAUCGAUAUUUUUUUUCUCCCAAUUUAUAAACUCAGUAGAUAUGCAUAUUGAGUUAGGUCGAGCUUUGAAUUCACUAUAUAGCCUCCAUCCUUAAAGAUACUGUAGAAUGUAACGUAAAAUUUUCAUAUAGAUAAAAGAUAUUGUGUUUGUGACCAAUAAAUUUAUUCUCCCAUUUAUAUAUAGA